AUGAAUUCUUUCAUCCUGCUGUCGCUUUUGGCCACGGUUAUCGCCGGAAAGUCACCUCGGCUGAAAUUUGUUGUGCACGAGCCAUCCAGGUUCCACUUCAACAAACCCGAGAACUACAUCAGCAUGUUCCACCAGGAAGGCAGCGACACGCUGUACGUGGGCGGCCAGGCGAUGGUCUACGUGUUGACGUUCACUAACCGAGGGGUCCGCGACCUACAGAUCCCAGCGGCGUCCGAUCAGACUGCGAUUGAUACCUGCAAGGCCAAGGCUGCACCACUCGAGCUGGAGUGUGAUAAUUUCAUCACCGUCAUUCAGAAAGUAAACGACACAAUCAUAGUAUGUGGGACAAAUGCUGGAAGCCCCAGGUGCUGGAUGCUGGUAAAUGACACCGUGCUGACUGAGGUCCAGGGCAGCGGGCAGAUCGCGGCGGCCUCUGACAUCUCACCCCCAUACCCUUCCCAGAGGUCCAUCAGCUUGCCUGCAGAUGGAAGUCUGUAUUCUGCCAUGUCGUCGGUGGCGGGUCACGCCGGCUCGAUCCGGCGUACGUUUGGCUCCCAGAAGCUCCUGAAGACGGAGAACAUUUGGCUGCUGAAUCCGCAGUUUGCUGGCGCAGCCAUAAUCCCGUCUUCACUGAAGUAUAAGGAGGAGAUCUACUUCUUCUUCAGCGAGAUCAACAAGACAGCCCGAGUGGACGAGGAGCCGUACAGGGCGCGCAUCGGCCGAAUCUGCACAGUGGAUGAAGGGGGCAUCAAAGCCCUGCUGGCAGACUCCUGGACCACCUUCAUGAAGGCCCGGGUGAUGUGCGGUGCAGGAAACACUCAGCAGCAGUACAACAACAUGAAGCAGGCGGUGGUGCUGACAGCGCAGGACAAGAGAGGGGUCAUGUACGGCCUCUUUUCCAACGCAUGGGGCAGAACAGUGAUCUGUGCUUACUCCAUCGAAGAUAUUGACCAGGCCUUCUCCACAUCCAAACUGAAGGGCUACAGCAGUCCAUUAAUUGGCAAUCGCCCAGGGAUGUGUGUCCGCAAAAACUCGACGGCAGGAGGUCUCAACGACAUCAAGAACCUCGGGGUGAUCAGAUACCACCCCGAAAUCGAGGACGUGAUCCGGCCUGUCGGCGUGGCUCCGCUCGACCUGCCCACAGAUGACCAGAUCACGCACACUGUGGCGGACAUCGUCCUGGCGGUCAACGACGAGCACUACAGCGUCCUGUACCUCGGAACAGAACAAGGCAAAGUUCUCAAAGUUCUUCACACCAGCGAGGGGGUCUUCAUCGUAUCUCAGUACUCUCUGUUUCACAACGAGGGCCCCGUUCUCAACAUGGCCAUUGACUCCCAAAAGGGACACCUCUACGUUGGUACAGCAAUGGAGGUCCAGCGGCUGCCGCUGGCUGACUGUGGUCGCUAUGGUGACACUUGCAGGGAGUGCAUCCUUUCCCGGGAUCCAUACUGCGGCUGGGACAGGGCCAGGAGGAAGUGCAUCGCCAUUCCGCCUGGAUACAACGUCACGACCGGGGCACUCAUUCAGAAUCUGGACCAUUCGAACUCGUCGGUUUGUGGGGAAGCUGCUGCUCUGAAGCAGCGUCGAACUUCUCCCAGAGAAGUUUUGGUGCAGUCCAACACCUCCAUCUUUCUCCCCUGCCCUGUACGCUCCUUUCACGCCACCUACCGCUGGGAGAAGGACAAUUGCGUCAAGAACUAUCCGUGCCUCUUCUCCGGGGACUUCUGUGUCCUGGGGCCGGCUGUUGACACACCCCUGAAGGAAGGCGUCUUCCGCUGCAUGGCCACCGAGGACGGAUUCAAGGUGGAGGUUAUCUCCUUCAGGCUGGUCAACAACGGCAGGCUCCUGGCUGCUUCCCUCGCCUCCACCUUGGGGCCGUCGCUCCUGCUCGCCGUGGCUACCCUGUUGCUCCAUUAA